UUGGCUAAGAACGAGGUAGUGUGUGAGGAUACAGUAGAUAUAGAAAUUAAUGAACAAGACAAUUUAGCUGUUAUACCACCAUUGAGUGGAGGUUAAAUAGUAUUUCACAGGAUGGACCAUAUAAAAUUAACAGUAGAUCGACUGUCAGUCGAGGAAAUAAGUGAACUCGUAACAGAUGAUAGCUGCGGCGCUAUUUCAUUGUUUAUUGGCACAACUAGAGACAAUUUUGAAGGAAAAAAGGUACUAAGGCUGGAAUAUGAGGCCUACGAAUCUAUGGCCAUAAAAGCGAUAAAAACUAUUUGUGAUGACGUCAGACAAAAAUGGCCGCUUGUACACGGAAUAGCUAUUUAUCACAGGUUGGGCAACGUUCCGUGUCGAGAGGCGUCUGUCGUGAUAGCCAUAAGCAGUCCGCAGAGGAAGGACUCCUUAAGCGCCGUAUCCUACACCAUAGAUCAGCUAAAGGCCUCCGUUCCUAUAUGGAAGAAGGAAAUAUACGACGGACAACCGGCCCAAUGGAAGGAGAAUCGUGAAUUUCCGUCGAAAUCGGAGUCGAAGAACAUCGACAAAAAUUUAGUACAGAUCAACGUUUCGAGCGAAGAACUACAGAAGCGGAUACAGAACUUUAUUGAGAGGAAACGGGAGCAGGUUAAUUACGGUAACAUACAGGACUUCGUGCCGGGGCGGCUUCAGGACGAGGAGGACACGUGCGCGCGGGUCAGGGCGCAGUUCGUCAAGCGAAACGAUUCUAAAGGACAUUUGAAAGUAUACAAAGUCAACAACGAAUGGGGUCCGCAGACGGUUAGUUUCAGUGGCGUCCCCGUUGGGUCCUCGGACCCGGGCCUGCCGCCCUCCGUAGCCGAGCGAGUCGUGGCCGUCGAGAAAUUCUUGAACAUGGGCCCCGUCUCCAAGGACAUCUUCAAGCGGCUCAAGGACAUGGAGGACAGGAUCGCGUAUCUGCAGUCGGUGUCGCCGGAAUACGCGCAGUUCUGGAAAACAAAGGCAGACCUGGAAGAGAUAAAAUCUGAGGAUCGUAUAGAUUACGCGUUCUCUGCUGAAGACAUCGCGAGGAAGAUCGACCAAUUGGAAAAGGCCAAUUUAUGACAGUGUUGCCACUAAAUCAAAGGAGCCCUAAAUUAGGAAUUACCAAUAAAAAAAAUCUACCAUUCUUUUAAUAUCGUUUGAGCAUUGAGUAAAUAAUAUCAAUUUGAUUAAUAUAAUUUUUUUUUAAUUUUACAUAUUAUGUUAUUAAAAUUUGAUAUUUUUCAGGUAAUGUAAGAUAAAUUCUUGGAAAUUUUACUUGAUUAUGUAGUCUUUGUAUUAAAACGAUAUUUUAAACACUAGUAUUAUUUACACUUGAAUUUUUUUUAAUAUGUAUAUGUAUAAUUUUAAUGUAACGUGGCUAAUAUAGGAGUGAGAAAUAAAAACGUACCUUUUUGCA